UAGGAGAAAAAUAAAAGAUAUUUUCUAUAUUAUUCUUGUGUCGCCAGCAAAGGUUGGAACUGAAACAUUCAAUUCCUUUUUUUUUAGUUCGAAUCUCUUACAGAAAUGGCGGCAGUGACGAAGCUUCAGUUAUUUGCUUACCAGAAGGACCAACAGUUUUGUUUCAAGGAACAACAACGGAGCAACUGGCUUAAAGUUAAACGUGGUUGUUUUGUACGGUUGCCCUUUCCAACUAGAAACCGUCAUGGGGCGUACGUGCAGAAGUGUCGGUCUUUUAGGGGAGAUGAUGGAGGGGAAAUGAAAGAGAAAGAGAUGGAAAGCGAGAGAAAGCUUGGGAUUUUGAUGGAAAAUGAAUUGAAGCUGGAAAAAGGGGAUGGGUUCUGGAAAUCUUUGAAAUCUGCUGUUUUCGGGGUUAGUAAAUUGGGCUCCCAAUCUCAAGAUGACUAUGAAAAAGCUGUGGCUAAAGUUGAUGAAGUUUUCUCCUCGAUUGCUAUGCAAAUUGGAAGAUAUAUCGUGACCAUGAUGAGCACUGGAGUGAUUCUCUUGACUGGUUUUCAGUUGUCAGGUGGAGACGGUCAGAUGAAUACAUUGAUUUGGUAUAGCUGGGUUGGAGGGGUUAUCAUUGGAACCAUGAUUGGAGCAAAUAUGGUUCUAGAUGAACACUGUCGAGCUGGUCCUAGAAAUGUUGUUAUAACUGGAAGCACAAGAGGAUUGGGAAAAGCACUUGCUCGAGAAUUUCUUCUUUCUGGAGAUCGUGUUGUCGUUGCGUCUCGCAGUCCCGAGUCCGUUGAUAUGACUGUCAAAGAACUUGAGGAAAGCCUGAAGGAAGGUAUGACUGCCGGUGGCUCAUCCAGCAAGAAUCUGAAACAAGCGAAAGUGGUUGGUAUAGCAUGUGAUGUUUGUGAAGCAGAUGAUGUCGAAAAAUUGGCUAACUUUGCCAUCAGCGAACUUGGUUCUGUUGACAUUUGGAUAAAUAACGCUGGCACUAACAAAGGUUUUAGACCACUACUGCAGUUCAGUGAUGAAGAUAUUAAACAGAUUGUCUCAACAAAUCUCGUUGGAUCUAUUCUCUGCACCCGGGAAGCCAUGCGCAUCAUGAAAAACCAGCCAAAGGGGGGACACAUAUUUAAUAUGGAUGGUGCAGGUUCUGGGGGAUCUAGUACUCCUUUGACUGCAGUAUAUGGGUCAACGAAAUGUGGUCUUAGGCAACUUCAUGCUUCACUUUUGAAGGAAUGCAAACGUUCUAAACUAGGAAUCCACACAGCAUCUCCAGGCAUGGUCCUUACAGAUUUGCUCUUAAGUGGUUCAACCUUAAAGAACAAACAAAUGUUUAAUAUUAUUUGUGAGCUCCCUGAGACUGUUGCAAGGAGUCUAGUUCCACGAAUGCGGGUUGUAAAGGGAACAGGGAAGGCCAUCAACUACUUGACUCCACCUCGGAUACUAUUGGCUUUAAUCACUGCAUGGCUGCGACAAGGUCGUUGGUUUGAUGAACAGGGUAGGGCAUUAUAUGCAGCAGAGGCAGACCGUAUCCGGAACUGGGCUGAAAACCGUACACGGUUCUCGUUUACAGAUGCAAUGGAAAUGUACACUGAAAACACUUUGGUGUCUGUGUUUUCACUUUCAGUUGUUUGUGCCUUCAUCAUCCUUUCUAGCACAAGCAGCACAUUACCCGGCACAUGAGACGGCACAGUCAUAAUCCAAAUGCAUCAAAGACUAUUUAUAUCUCAUGCAAGGAGCCAAGUAUGAUGCCUGUGAUUGUACAAGUGACAUGAUACGAUUCUAAAGUCUAAACCGACCAUUCUAUGGUUCAAUGGUUUGGUUUUUCACCUGCAACCUCUCAGGAUAUGCAUAUAUAUUUAACAAUUGGAUCUUGUACAAGUACCAGUUGAGACCAGAUUUAUUGGGUUUGAAUACAAUAGAAUAGGAAGACGUACUAUUUUUCAUUGAAGCAUUCUUUAUUCCUCAUACUUGUAACAUGUAUUCAUGUAAUGAUUUAAACUGUAAUGAACUUUGGAUCAUUCAUGUUCAA